AUGGACCCACCUUCACCAAGCCAGGCCUCCCAAACCCAGCCUGCAGCCCCAUCCCCUCUAACCUCCUACCGCUGGCACUCAGGGGGUGGUGGGGAGAAGGGAGCUGGGGGGUUCCGCUGGGGCCGCCUUGCAGGAUGGGGGAGGGCACAGAGCCACCAGGAGACCACGGCCAGCAGCCAGCCAGCCCCGCGCUCGCUGUUUCGUCGCGUCCUCUCUGCACCCGCCAAGGAGUCACGCACAAGCCGCCUGAAAAUAUCCAAGAGCCUCUGGGGGAAAAACAAGAGCCCACCCCUGGAUUCAGAGCCGGAGCCAGAAAACCCAGAGCCUGCGCCAGAGCUGGAGCCCCUGGCCGCACAGAUCCCAGAGGCCCCCACCCCUGAUGUCCCCGUCUGGAACAUCGAAGCCUUCACACUACUUGAUGGGAAGCUGGUGCUGCUUGGGAAUGAAGAGGAGGGUCCUCACCAGCCCCGGAUUGGGAGCACUAGCUCUGAGAGCAGCAUCCAAGUGGCCUUGGGGAAUCUCAAGGAUCCAGAUCGGACCCCUGGAAAGACAGAGCCAGAGGCUGCUGGCCCCCACCAGAUCCACAAUGUUCGCGGGCUGCUGAAGCGGUUGAAAGAGAAGAAAAAGGCCAAGUCAGAGCUAGGAGCCAGUGCUUCCCGAGAUGGGCCCCCCAGUGCUCUGGGCUCCCGGGAAUCGCUGGCCACGAUUUCCGAACUGGACCUCGGAGCCGAGCGGGACGUGCGGGUCUGGCCACUGCACCGCAGCCUGCUGGAGGAGCCCCACUGCUUCCAGGUCACAUGGGCAGGCGGGAGUCGCUGCUUCUCCUGUCGCUCGGCUGCCGAGAGAGACCGCUGGAUCGAGGACCUUCGUCGCCACUUCCAGCCUAGUCAGGACAACGUGGAGCGGGAAGAGACGUGGCUGAGCGUGUGGGUGCACGAAGUGAAGGGGCUGCCCCGGGCGGCGGCGGCGGCGGCGCCAGGAGUGCGCGCGGAGCUGUGGCUGGACGGAGCGCUGCUGGCGCGCACGACUCCGCGGGCCGGCCCGGGCCAGCUCUUCUGGGCAGAACGCUUCCAUUUUGAGGCGCUGCCGCCAGCGCGUCGCCUGUCCCUGCGACUACGCGGAGCGGGCCCCGGGGACGCGGUGCUGGGCCGAGUGGCCUUGGCGCUGGAAGAGCUGAGCGUCCCCCGGGCGCCCGCCGCGGGUCUGGAGCGUUGGUUCCCGCUGCUCGGGGCGCCAGCCGGCGCGGCGCUGCGGGCACGAAUCCGGGCGCGGCGCCUGCGAGUGCUGCCGUCGGAGCGCUACAAGGAGCUGGCGGAGUUCCUCACGUUCCACUACGCGCGCCUCUGCGGGGCUCUCGAACUCGCGCUGUCUGCUCAAGCCAAGGAGGAGCUGGCCGCCGCCAUGGUGCGAGUGCUGCGGGCCACCGGCCGGGCUCAGGCCCUGGUGACAGACCUGGGCACCGCAGAGCUGGCACGCAGUGGAGGCCGUGAGGCACUGCUGUUCCGGGAAAACACAUUGGCCACCAAGGCCAUCGAUGAGUACAUGAAGCUGGUGGCACAGGAUUACCUCCAAGAGACGCUGGGACAGGUCGUGCGGCGUCUCUGUGCCUCCACCGAGGACUGUGAGGUGGACCCCAGUAAAUGCCCAGCCUCAGAUCUGCCCCAGCACCAGAGCAGACUGCGAAACAGCUGCAAGGAGGUCUUUGAGAACAUCAUCCACUCCUACAACUGGUUCCCAGCAGAGCUGGGCACUGUGUUCUCAGGCUGGCGAGAAGCAUGCAAAGCACGUGGCUCUGAGGCACUGGGGCCCCGACUCGUAUGUGCCUCUCUCUUUCUGCGGCUCCUGUGUCCUGCUAUUCUAUCACCCAGCCUCUUCGGCCUAGCAUCAGAGCACCCGGCGCCUGGCCCAGCCCGCACCCUCACACUGAUCGCCAAGGUCAUCCAGAACCUUGCCAACCGUGCUCCGUUUGGUGAGAAGGAAGCCUACAUGAGCUUCAUGAAUACCUUUCUGGAGGAUCAUGGACCUGCCAUGCAACAUUUCCUGGACCAAGUGGCCAUGGUGGAUGCAGACACAGCACCCAGUGGUUAUCAGGGCAGCAGUGACCUGGCCCUCCAGCUGGCAGUCCUGCAUGCCCAGCUCUGUACUAUCUUUGCUGAACUUGACCAGGCCACCCGGGACAACCUGGAACCGCUGCCCACUAUCCUGCAUGCCAUUGAAGAGGGCCGACCUGUACCUGUGACUGUGCCAAUGUGUUUCCCAGCACCCCACACCCAGGGCCAUUCCAGCCUCUCUGCAGGGGAGAAGCCUGGCUUUCUGGCCCCCCGCGACCUCCCCAAGCACACCCCUCUCAUCUCCAAGAGUCAGUCCCUGCGCAGCGUUCACGGCGCAGGUAGUUGGGCCCGGCCGCGGCUGGAGGAGGAACAGCCCCCCCGGCUGCCUCGGCCGGUACAGCGCACGCAGAGUGUCCCGGCUGGCCGCCCCGCUCGCCGCCGCCCGUCUGCCGGACCGCGGCCGCGACCCAAAGGCUCCCUACAAGCGGGACCCGCGCCCCGCGGCCGGCCCUGGACUGGAGCCUCAGCAUCGUUGCCUCGGAAGCCGUCGGUGCCCUGGCAGCGCCAGAUGGACCAGCCAAGAGACAAAGACCAGGCGCUGGGCACCCACCGACCCGUGGGCAAGCUGGCGGAACUUCAGUGCGAGGUGGCUGCCCUGCGUCAGGAUCUGAAGAUGCUGUCCGGCCUCGUGGAGUCACUCAGCACCCACAUCCGGUCCUUGAGCGAGCAGCAGGAGCAGCUUCGGACCCAGCUUCAGCUUCUAGAUUCCAGGCUCCGAGAAGGGACCGUGAAGUUGGAUCCAGGGCGCGAUCCUUCAACCAAUGAGAGCCACAGGCUGAAAAGUCUGGAGUGCCGACUGGCUGAGAUAGAGAGUACUCAGGCCCAGCUGAAGGAUACCAUCCAGAACCUGCAGCUUCUUCCCAGGACAUCAGAGUCCCAGAGCCAGCCCCUGCCUCUCAAAGCUCCCUGCAUCAACGGAGACACCACUUGAGUUGCCCACUCGGCCCGACAUGCUUUGGGA